ACCCAGUGGCUUUGGUCUAACAGAGGGCCAGUCACUGAGCAUCCUCCACGGCACUACCGUGUCUUCCUCCAGCAUCUCACUCGGCUUGUUCCAGCUUCAGUACGCUUGAUGCCUGAAGGAGGUGAAGUAAGUCAGUGAGUCACUUGCCUGCUUUCAUAAUCUCUGGGUCUAAAGGCCAGGGUAGGUACCGAGGAUGUUAGUCCGGGCUGCAGGCCUGAAGGGGUUAAUGAGCGCUGCCGCUCUCUCGCCUCCCCCCCGCCCGGCGUCCUGUUAAAACUGAACCAGACCUGCCCAGCAAGCUUAGCAACUUUCCUGCCGGGUUGCAGAAGGCAACGAUCUUUUUUAACAGACUCGCUCGGCCGCGGCAGGCACACUAUUUCGUGCAUACGAGCACGCCACACGGUGCACCCCCGGUGGAAGCAGCUUCCUUUCGGGCGCGAACUUGCACGGUGGUGGGGAGCGAGCGAGCAAGGCGGCCGCCAGGGUUCUUCUUAGCCGGGCAUGGAUUUCGGACGUGCGAGGCUGACCCAGCGCCUGGCUCCCGAGAUCUGCCGGGGAGGCUAAAGGAUGGUCCUCGCAGCCGCCCGCAGCAGCUGCUCCUGGCACUGCCCAGAAGGCAGCAGGUGAAGCCCACACUCCCGUCCCUCCGCAGAGAAGAGCCUGCUGGUGUGCCUGCGACCCCGCUUUCUGCAAACUCUCGGGGAAGGAAGCAGGCGGCGGCGGAGCGGCACCUGGUGCUGAAGAUCAAUGUACACGCUGAGAAACUAAUGCCAUUUAAUUGACUAUGGUGAAGCUUUGAUUUUCCCUCUGCGUUCCUAUCCAUUUGCCCUCCUUUGCUUCAUUUCUUAUUUCUGUAAGUUGAGAACUUCCUCCAGGGUUCAGCCAUGACUACUUCUGCCUUGCGGCGGCAGGUUAAAAACAUUGUGCACAAUUAUUCCGAAGCAGAAAUCAAGGUGCGUGAGGCCACUUCCAAUGACCCCUGGGGGCCCCCUAGCUCCUUAAUGUCUGAGAUCGCAGACUUGACCUUCAACACAGUGGCGUUUGCAGAAGUCAUGGGUAUGAUUUGGAGGCGACUGAAUGACAGCGGCAAGAACUGGCGUCAUGUCUACAAGGCACUAACUCUUCUGGACUACCUCAUCAAGACAGGCUCCGAGAAAGUGGCUCACCAGUGCCGGGAGAACUUGUAUACCAUUCAGACUUUAAAGGAGUUCCAAUACAUAGACCGUGAUGGCAAGGACCAGGGCAUAAAUGUUCGGGAGAAGGUCAAGCAGCUGAUGAGCCUGCUGAAGGACGAGGAAAGGCUGAAGCAGGAGAGGACCUAUGCCCUGAAAACCAAGGAGCGAAUGUCUCUUGAAGGCAUGGGCAUCAGCAGCAGCAACAGCCAGCAGCUUUCCUAUGGACGGCGAGCAUCACAGUAUGGAGAUGACUAUGGAAGGUCAAGAGGUUCUCCAUCCUCCUUCAACUCCUCUUCCUCAUCUCCUCGGUUCAGUUCUGAUCUGGAACAGGCAAGACCACAGACUACAGGGGAAGAAGAGCUUCAACUGCAGCUUGCUCUGGCCAUGAGUCGAGAGGAAGCAGAAAAGCAGCCUCUUCCUCCAGUGUCCAGUACAGAUGAAGAUUUGCAGUUACAGAUAGCGCUUACCCUGAGCAAACAGGAGCACGAGAAGGAAGUUAGGGCGUGGAAAGGAGAAAAUUCACUGUUACAGAAGGCACUGGAAGAAAGCAACCUGGGUGCAGAGGAAGAAGAAGAUAAGAUGAAGAAAGGCCAGUCUUCUGUGUUGGAGCUGGCAGAUAUUUUUGGACCAGCACCUGUAACCUCUACCCACACGUCAGCUGACCCAUGGGAUAUUCCAGGUGGGGGUUAUCCUCGAUCAGUUGAGGUUUGGAACCAUGACACGGCCUUUUCUCCUGCCUUUUCUCCUCCAGCUCUGUCCCUGUCCAGUUCUUGGGAGCCUAACAACACCAAAUCCACUGUGGAAGCAACAGGAACAUCCUGGGGUCCCACUGCAGACCCCUGGGUUCCAGUGUCUUCUGUGGAUCCUCUCAGUCAGGUGAUAACAUCUACUAGUCAAGCCUCUUCAGGGCCCUGGAAUCUUCCGCCUGUUUCCUCUUCUGCCUCAUCCUCUGAUCCAUGGGGAAUGAAGUCCCUGUCUUCAAGUGUCUCAUCUUCAGAUCCCUGGGGAAAGUCCUCACCGCCUGCUUCUGCUGCUGCAGGCCCUACUUCUGCUGCUGAUCCCUGGGGAGGCACUACUGAUAAGCCUUCCACAACUAGCAGCAAUACUUUUGACUUGUUUGCAAAACUACCAGAGCAAGUGGAUCAUCCAGAGCAUGACAACAACCAGGCUCCAUCAUCUGUGAAAUCUAACAGCCCCGUAGAUAUGGACUUGUUUGGGGAACUUAUUCCAAGCACCAAGGAGAAUGGAGUCAAGAAUACAGACAUUUUUGAUGUUACAGGUUUAGGAGACUCUCUUCCAGAUUCCAAGGACAAAAAGGAUUGCAAAACUCCAGAAAGUUUUCUUGGCCCAAAUGCUUCUUCCUUGGUUAAUUUAGACUCUUUGAUCUCAGCUCCUCAAAGCUUGAAAGCUCGUAAUCCAUUCUUGUCAGGUCUCAGCACUCCCUCUCCUACCAAUCCAUUCAACAACAUGGACCAGCCCAAACCAACUCUCAACCAGAUGCGAACCAACUCCCCAGUGCCCAGUGUAGCUAUGGGAAUGACCGUGAACUCCAUGACCUACAGUGCUUCCCUCCCCCUUCCGCUCAGCAGCAUCCCACCAGCAAUGACACUCCCCGCCUCCAUGAGUGCCUUCCCUCAGACUGGAGCAAGGCCUUUCCCAGAAAUACCCACCAACUUGCCUCAACCUCUUUUACCACUGUCUGGCUCAGGUCCCCCACCACUACCUUCUCAAGGCAGUUUGAACCCUUUUCUUUAAGAAGAUGCUCAGCAUUGUGUCAACUUGCUUGUCCUCCCCAGCUGCGAUGGAAAUCCUCCCAUGCCAAAGCUUCAAAGGCACUGGCUCAUAGACUGGGAUGGAGGACAUUUUUCCCUGGAUGCUCUUCUCCUAGGUCCUGCUCAGGACAGAGACAAACUAGCAUGAACCUCUUUGGUUGAAGAGUUAACUGAAGAACCAGCUGCUCCUUCAUGUUGAACGCUGCUUCUGGUGGUAUUAGGGACAUUCUGGUCACCAGCUGGCACUGCGUUGAUUGGCAUAAAGCCCCCUUAAGAAGGGCUUUAAUUUUUGAGGGCCUUUGUUCUUCACUGCUGUUUAUAUCCUGGUACACACAUAAACUGAGAUAAAGCAUUAAUUAACUCACAAUUGCCCCUGUAGUGAAAAGAGGUUUUUUUGUAAGUUGCAUGGAAAAGACAAACACUUUUCCCAAAGCUUGCAGUUCUGUGGCAUGCAUGACAAAGGUAAAGUCUCACUUCUGGAGAUCAGGACAGCUCAGCAAGUAUAGCGGUGCUACGUACAAGAGAAGAAAUCACGUUUCUUUUGCCAAUUAAACCGUCAUUGGAUUGCUUGACUAAGAAAAAGUUUUUUUCUCAGCUUCAGUUACACAGUACCACUACGGGGAAGUCUGCAACUAGGAAACCCAGAUUUUAUGGCCAUAAAAAAGCUUGCAUAAAUAUUCCUCUUGUGCAUUCUUUGUGCUGGUUGCAAAGUAUAGGCAAGGUUUUGAAAUGUACUGUUGGGCACCAGUAAGGAGGAGAGAGAGGCUAUGUUUCAAAAUUAUGUGCAAAGCAAGAUUAUAAAGACUGGAAAAUCUAUGGAAACAUUUGUAUGACUCGUAACGGGGUGGGUGAUAACAUGAUCAUUAUGGGAAACAGAAUCAGGUAGCAAGAACAACUCAUCUCCAACCACCUGAUCACUAAAAGUUUCACCAAAUUCUAAUUUUUUAAAUAGAAUUAAUAGAAAGAAAUGACUAAAUGUCCAUUGAAUAAUGAACUUGCUUUUAUAAAAACCCAAGACUGAGAUGCUCAGGAUUCUGAAGAAGCAAUCACACUUCAUACUUAGAAGUUCCCAGUUCCUGGAGUCACACAGCUUUCUACUUGGUGUUCUUUUGUUUGGAAUCCAAUGUCUCUUUGCCUACUUUGAGUCAAAUGACUUUUUAAAAUUGCACUACUUGUUUGUGGAAUCUUGUUUCCACCUUGCUGGCUCCACGGAUGACCUCUUAGCUACGUGCUUGACCAAAGUCUCUUUUCCAGUCACCUCUCCCUAGAUUGCUUUUGCUCCUUAACUCCAAAAUUUGGGAUGUAAUCCCAGGAACUAAGCAAUGUCCCAGCAAGAACUGAUCACACAGUGCAGAACCACUGGAAUAAGCAAACCAGGCUUUGUGAAGCUCAUGAGAAAAAUGUGGACUCCAUUUAAGGAGGCAAAUAAUGGAGGCCUUUAUUGAAUAAAGGCUUCAAGCAACUUGAUCUGCAAGGAACUGUUUUAUUGUGCUCAGUGGUCUUGGGGCAAUUCUCAGACAUGCUUCAACAUCUUGGAAGGACCCAGAUAGAUAUUUCAUUUACUGGCUUUCGUUUUUCAAUCAGCUACUCCCACCCAGGUUCUUUCAAGAUAUUAAAAUAUGUGUUGGAGACCAAUACACUGGAAUAGAAGGAGAGUAUGUACAGCAUGAAGUUAAUAUCCCAGUUACCAGCUGUCUCUUAACUUCAAGUUUCAGCAUGCCAGUACAAGUUGCAACUGCAGGACUCUGGAACACUGAUCCACCAGGUCCAGUUCAGAGUUGGUAUGUGAUACAAUCACUGUGGCUUUAUUGCCAAUGCAUAAGCACUAUCACAUCAGUUAUCGUACAAAUAACAGACUUUCUGGCUAUAAUGGAACGUAGGAAAACUAAUACACUGUCAAUAAAGUGUUCAAAUGUG